AUGGAGAUUUACCUCCGCGAAUAUUGCAUGUGGCGGGCCUGGCAAGAGUGCAUUGAGAAGAUACCUAACGAUAAACUUCUUGCACAUGCUCUUGAGAAGAGACAAACUGUCGCAGAGCUCCUACGCAUCGAGUUUCUGCAGGGAUUGAAGACCUCUGGUGUAGUUGAGGAGUUCUUGCAGUAUACAGAGAAUGGCCUGCUUGACUUUCUUCGACUGGAUAUCGAGUGGGAGUUCCUCCAGGAUGCUAUCGACAAACAACAGAUGCUGGGUUCGUUAGAGCUUGGUUGGCUUGACCCAGAGAAAGUCGAGCUACUCGUGGCUCAGAUUUCCGCUCCUGAGCCACCUACCGGUCCAUUCCUGCAUCCUGAGCUGGGAGAUCCUUUCUUGGGCACUGUCAAGAGAAGACUUACACCUCCACCGGCAGAUGCCCCAGACGAAGACGUUCCGAUGACAAAUGAUGGCUACGAUACGGAUGCGACACAUGAUGCAACUGAAGAUAAAAGUGAAGACAACAAGCCGCGCGACAAAGGAAAACAACCCGCAGGCCCUGAACAACAAGACGAGCAAGCUACCAAAGAUGCUCGACCCGCCCCCCUGACGUCCCUCAUCCCAGGACCGCUGGGUGAAGUACCUCUUCCAUAUCAACGAAGCAUCUUACAAAUGGCCUCUCAGAGAUAUUACCACCAAGCCUACACCAAUGUGCUUGGAAGAGCAGUGUCUACUCUUGUAGAGGAAGAGAGACCACCGCACGCGCAAGCCUCAGCGUAUUGUCCUUCAGGGUUUCACUUCCUUACAAAGCAAAAGCAGGUUCGUGGUAUUAUCGGUCCUGAGGGUCAAGGAGUGGGAAGGCGAUCUAUGCAUCGAGGUGAUGCUGAGCGUGGAGAGGGGUCUGCGAGACAGGAGGCGAGAGGGAAUGCUUCAUCGUCGGCUGGAAGGGCGUCUGGUGCGCCUCGACUUUCUCGACGGGGCGUGGAGGCUCAGACAGUUUUGACAUCUCAUUUUGAGGAUGCAUUUCUGACUGACCCAAGGCACGACUACGUCAUGAAUCAGUGUCAGAAGCCAGUCUAUUUGGAGCAAGUCCCGCAGACGGAGCAUGAUAUGGAACAUGAACAACAAUAUCCAACCUUCACACCCGCCUCUGAAGAAGCACCUUUGCCAUUCACCCAAGCAAGUGGUUCAACACUUGAACCCAAUCAAUACUCUGCACCUACAAUCCUGGGCCACAAAGCCCCUAUCGACAACUCCACACCAUCUGAACAACUUCGCCAGAUGCUCGACGCGAACUGGUCCGGCUUUCUCAAAAAGAAGGGAAGUAAACCAACAGCGAACUCUGUUACCAGACAGACAAGAGCAUCUCAAGACAUCGAGAGCGACGCAGAAGCUGAUCCCAUGACCAUGCCGAUCGACCUCCCGGAGCCCGAGGAAGAUGGCGAUUACAAUCCGAAGACGAAAAUGCCCAAGAAAGCUGGACGAGGAAGACCGAGAAAGGCUAGUCUCAAGAAGAGGGAAAGCGAAGGAGGGAUGUAG